AUGGUCGAACCAGACUACGCGGCGCCCUGGUGGGUGAGCCUUCUGCACCGGCUGCCCCACUUCGACCUGCGGUGGGAGACCACCAGCAGCCAGUUCCGGCCCGAGGACACCGACUAUCAGCAGGCGCUGCUGCUGCUGGGGGCCACCGCUCUGGCCUGCCUCGCCCUGGACCUCCUCUUCCUGCUCUUCUAUUCUUUCUGGCUGUGUUGCCGGCGGCGCAAGACUGAGGAGCACCUGGACGCCGACUGCUGCUGCACAGCCUGGUGCGUCAUCAUCGCCACGCUGGUGUGCAGCGCUGGCAUCGCCGUGGGAUUCUACGGCAACGGGGAGACCAGUGAUGGCAUCCAUCGGGCCACCUACUCGCUCCGCCACGCCAACCGCACGGUGGCCGGUGUCCAGGACCGUGUGUGGGACACGGCAGUGGCCCUGAACCGCACGGCGGACCCCAACCUGCAAAGUCUGGAGCGGCAGCUGGCUGGGCGGCCAGAGUCCCUGCGGGCCGUCCAGAGGCUGCAGGGCCUGCUUGAUACGCUGCUGGGCUACACAGCUGCCAUCCCCUUUUGGAGGAACCCCACCGUGUCAAUGGAGGUGCUGGCUGAGCAGGUCGAUGUCUACGACUGGUACAGGUGGCUGGGCUACUUGGGCCUGCUGCUGCUCGAUGUCAUCAUCUGCCUCCUGGUGCUGGUUGGCCUCAUCCGAAGCUCCAAGGGCAUCCUGGUCGGGGUUUGCCUGCUGGGGGUCCUAGCCCUGGUCAUCAGCUGGGGUGCACUGGGCUUGGAGCUGGCUGUGUCUGUGGGCUCCAGCGACUUCUGUGUGGACCCCGACACCUACGUGACCAAGAUGGUGGAGGAGCACUCGGUGCUGAGUGGGGACAUCCUGCAGUACUACCUGACCUGUUCACCCUACACCGCUAACCCCUUCCAGCAGAAGCUGUCGGGCAGCCACAAGGCACUGGUGGAGAUGCAGGACGUCGUGGCUGAGCUCCUGAGGAGCGUCCCCCGGGAGCACCCAGCCACCAAGGAUCCCCUGCUCCGAGUCCAGGAGGUGCUGAAUGGCACAGAAGUGAACCUGCAGCACCUCACUGCCCUGGUGGACUGCCGCAGCCUGCAUCUGGACUACGUGCAGGCGUUGACAGGCUUCUGCUACGACGGCGUCGAGGGCCUCAUCUACCUGGCCCUCUUCUCCUUCAUCACAGCCCUCAUGUUCAGUUCCAUCGUCUGCAGCGUCCCACACACCUGGCAGCAGAAGAGAGGCCCUGAUGAGGAUGGAGAGGAGGAGACCGCCCCAGGGCCGCGGCAGGCGCAUGACAGCCUCUACCGUGUCCACAUGCCCAGCUUGUACAGCUGCGGCAGCAGCUAUGGCAGUGAGACCAGCAUCCCAGCCGCGGCACACACCGUCAGCAAUGCCCCAGUCACUGAGUACAUGAGCCAGAACGCCAAUUUCCAGAAUCCCCGCUGUGAGAACACCCCACUCAUUGGGCGCGAGUCCCCACCACCCUCAUACACCUCCAGCAUGAGAGCCAAAUACCUCGCCACGAGCCAGCCUCGCCCUGACUCCAGCGGCAGCGGCCACUAGACCGCACACCGGCCAGCCACCCGCCCCAUGUGCCAACCGCCCCCACCCCUCCCCGUGCCAGCACUGCCACUUACACCCCGCGGCUGCCCGCCGGACCCUCUGCACGCCAUGCCAGACCAGCCUUGGGUGCAUCUGCAGGCCACUAGCUCCCUCCUCUCCCCUCCCCACAGGGGGCAUAGAUGCCCAGCAUGAGCUCCAAGCAGGGUUGAGAAGCAGAGGCUCUGGGCCUGCACCCCUAACUUGGUCACACACCUGGACAGACACGUGGGAACACUGCCACCAACACCCUGGCCCUGCUCAGGCCCUGCUCCCCACGUCCCUCUGCCCUCUGGGAUUCACUGGGCCCUGCUCGGUCUGGGCCAGGCGCUCUGCCCCCAACAUGCUUCCUCUGCAGAUGGCUGUUGACCUGCUGGUCCUCUGACCAGCCCACUGCACGCUCCUCUCCAGCCCUGCUUCCCUGUGAGCCUCUCUCUGCCCAUCCUCGCCUUCAAUGCUCCUGUGGAUCACUCCUCAGUUCACAGGCAUGGCAGGAGCCCCCUGUGCCAGGCCUCUGCUGGCCACUGAGCGAGGGGUACACACUCAAAUGCUCAGCUCUGCACACCUGGACCCUCCCGCAGCCCCUGCACACCGUCUC